AUGAGCGAUACACCAGUCCCCUUGCGAGAUACUCGCACGAUCAAGAAGAGGAAUCUCGCCAUGACUGUGGAACAGCCGUUCUUUCGGACUAUGACAAAGACGUGCCUCAAAAGAAUGAAGACAGGAGCCAAGAACGCAUUCCCGAAUCUUGGAGAAACUGAAGCUUUGUAUGAAUUUGCUAGGAAACACCAACUGGAAGGAUUCUUCACCUCGACGAAGAGGGAGAGAGAUGUGUGUUUGGCCCUAAUCGACUACUUCAUGAGCAACGAUUAUCGAAGUAGGAACUUUUCGCAACGUGAGGGUUAUCGCGGCAUGAAGUUCUUUGUCCCUUCCCAAACGCCGACACUCGAAUCGGUCGAUCGACCCAAGGCUAAAGAACUGACUGCUAUCAUUGUACAUCCGAGUGAGCAAGGUGCAAAACUUUCCACGGACCACAAAGCGCACUUGCUCAAAUUACCCGCUGAGAUUCGCCUCCAGAUACUCGAGCUCGUCGUUUCAGUAUCCAGAGAGAAGACUGUCCAUCCAAAAGUCGUUACCUGCAACUGGAAGCCCGAAUGGAGCGAAUCAAGAUAUGAAAUAGAGAUCCCGAACUGCUACCCUAGUGUGACCGAAAUGUCGGAAUAUGCUCGAAAUCAGCGCGAGGACGAUGAAGGAAUUUAUACCGAGAUCCAGAAGGUCUACUAUAAAUCCAUCGAUGCGACAUGCCUGAGGGUAUGCAAGCAGUUAUACCGUGAGCGCAGCAAGGUACUUUACGGUCGAAAUCGCUUCGCUUUCGGGAUGAGCAAUACUAGCUUUCGUAGAAGCCCUCCGUCCUAUGUUGGUGGCCAGGUCCAAACUUGGAAUCGUCCUGACAAGCCAGUCCUAGAUAACAACCGGCAGCACAACAUAACUCUAGCUAUCGAGAAUGUCGAAGGCCAGGCGCCCCAUGAGUCUGCCACCAUGGCUUAUUGCGACUCGUUGCUCAGAUUUCUAUACACCAUCUGCCCCAGAAAUGCUUCAUUCUUAACGUCCUUAACGUUCGAAGGCAAUGUCAAAAUCCACGACUGUUAUUCUAAACGUUGUUCAUCGCAAUGUGACGACGAUCUAGUCCACAGCUUGCGAACCUAUGUUCCAUUCUUGAACAAGUUCUGUACAAGCCUCAGAAAGCUCACCAUCUUAGCAGGCAAGGGGGGCGGUGUCAGUAUCCGUUCAGCACGCAUCGAGGAUGGCCCUAAUCGUUGGAAUAAAGCCUUUCUAUCGCUCCUUGAGCACGACAUCCGCAGUCUAUCUACACUUGAAGAGAUUGAAGUUUGUGAUCGGGACAAGGUGCCACUGAUAGUUGCCCAAACUACUGUCGCUUGGUUCGUCGAACGCGCACGAGCAAAGGCAAAAGAGGACGCCAGAGCAUUGGAGGAAAGGACCAAGUUGGAAAGAGGUUCAGCGUGA